AUGGCCCGCGCGGCCGUGGCGUGCGCGCGAUGGCGCGCGCGCGCCCCCGUGCUCACAGCCGCUGCUGCCGCGUGGGCUCUGCUGCGGGCGACCGCGCCGGCGUCGCCAGCGUGCGCCCGGCCGCUGCCGCUCUGGCGGGCGGGCGAGGGCCCGCAGGGGCCGGCGCGGGCCGCGCCGGGGCUGCGCGGCGCUCGGGCCCGCUCGGACGUCGAGCCGAGCAGGCACGGGCGGGGCGCGGGCGGCAGGAGGGCCGCCGGUGUCGGCGGCGGCGGCGGCGGCGCUCCGAGCCUGUUCGGCGGGCUCGGAGGCGAGAAGGCGCCGACGGACAAGUUCCUGACCGAUCGCCUCCCGGUGCUGGCAAAGUGCAAGCCCGUGGUCUUUGGCAUCGUCUUCCUUCUCGCCUACUACAAGGGCUGGGUAGGGCCCUGGGGCAUGUUUUUCGGCAUGCAGUCGAAGUCCUACUUCGACCUCCUGGGCAUCCCGAUGCGCUGCGUGCCGCAGAGCCCUUGCUUCGGUAGCCCCUUCGUCUACACGCAGCUGUACGCCGACCUGCUCGUGCGCGCGCCGGGGUUCAUCCUGAAGCUUCCCACCUACAUCAAGAAGCUGAUCGACGGCAGCUUGGCCAAAGAGCUGGAGGAGAAGAUGGAUAGCUUUGCCCAGAGCGCCCGCGACCAGGCGACCCAGCCGCAGCAGAAGAUGUCUGUCAUGCAGAGGUUGCAGGAGCUCGCCCAGCAGCAGCAGGGGCGGCAGGCGGGGCCCCCCCCGCGGGCCGCUCCGAGGUCCAGCCCCGGCAGCGGACCCAGUCCUGGGAGGGGGGAGUGGCAGGCGGCGCUGGACCCAGCGACGGGGCAGACGUACUACUGGAACACGGCCACCCGCCAGACGUGCUGGGAGCAGCCCGGGGCAGGCAAGCCUCCCGCGCGGCCGGCCGCCGCCGACGUGAUCGACGUGUGA